AUGGGCGCGCCCAGAGGCGAAAGGGGUGGCGAGCGAAAGCGACGUCAGCAGUUUUACGAGUGCCAAGACUUUGCUAUCGCCGAGGCCCGUCGCCGUUUCGGUUUUGCCCUGAAAAGGGAAGACUUUCGGCAGCUGCAAAACACCGGCGCGGACACGUACAUCGAGGCCGUGGAGCAGGUGUAUUGGACGAACGGCCGGCAGUGGCAGUGGCUUUGCCGGGAGAUUCCACAGCUUAGCAUUCUGGUUCCCACCGAAAACGGGGGCACGAAAGGCAAAGGCAAGGGCAAGGGACAGCAGCCAAAGCCCGCGCCAGCUGCAAAGCCAAAGGCGAAGUCUGGGGCGACAACAGCAGUGAGGGACAAGGGAACACCGGCUCAUAUUGAGCCACAGUCCCUAGGAGAGCCUUCUGCUUUGAGCAGCGGGCCCGCGCACUCUGUCGAGACUCCGCUUCCUGCCACACCCGCGGCACCAGAGCAGCCACCGGCAGCAGGCGAGGAGGGAACAGAAGCUGAGGAGGAGGAGACGCCAACUGAGGACCCAGAGCACCUGAAGCUGGAAGAGGCCAAGGAGGAAGCGCCCGAAGUCACUAACUCAGGGGCAGUCGCUCCUGUGGUUAGUGACUCCGGUGCCGAAGGGUCUGCCGACGUGGACGUUCACACUGAGGCCGCUGUACAUAGCCUUCACACUGAGGCCGCUGUACAUAGCCCAGUUGUUGUGAGUAGCCCGCCGUCGCCAGAUUUUUCAGAGAGGGCCCAGAGCGAACCCCCAGAGCGCCCAGCGCCACAGGGGCCGCUGCGUGCUAGGCCGCGUAUCCUUAAGCCUCCCCAAGACCUUCCCCCUGGAACCUACCCCACAGUUCGUGUAGAUCCCCAGGGCAUUUGGGUUCUAGUCUCGGCUAAUCCUAACGCUCCUCCCCUGACAGGGCAGCGUGUUGCAGAGGCGCCCCAGCCCACAGCAACCGAUACUGCCACAGAGCAAAUAGAUCCCUUUGAGUUGUCCCAAAGACAGUGGGUAGAUCUGGCUUCUGUGUUCAACGCCGUUCCGCGCUCUAUUGACAUAGCGGCCGCUCAGGUUGCUAGCGCAAGGGCGGGCGAGCGUACUGAAGAGGGUUUCUCCAGGCGAGGUUAUCGAGGCGAGGUCCCCGUCACCAGCCCUGUCCAGGCAAAGGCGCAACAGCGGGAACAAGAGGCGCAGCGACUUCGGGCAGAGGCUGCAGCCAAGCCCUUGGUUGCACCAGCGCCCAGACAGGUGGGGCACCGCGAGCCGCUCUCAAUCGUUUUCGAUUGGCACAAGACGCUUGACUUAGGCCUCCGCCGGGGCCGGUGGUCGACGGCAGUUGUUGCGGCUCUCGCGCAAAUCGCCCAGGAGCACCGCCCACUCACCUUUAGGGUCCUGUCCUUCACCGGUCAAGCACAAGCAGAGGCUCAUAAGAACGAAGCUUUGCAAGCUUUACCUGCGUUGGAGCAACAGGCUGGCGUCAAAUUCGCAAGCUUUGACCAGUGCUUUGAACGCACCGGUGCAGGUGGAAAGGCUUCACUCUUGUGGUCUUUGGGAGUUGUCGAGGGGCAGCUGCCAGGCGCCCACUUCUUGGUUGACGAUAACAGGGAGAUCGUGAAGGAGUCGAAGCGCACAGGGUGCCGCACAGUAUUGGUGCAGAACGCCUACGGUCGUUACUACACCGAAGGUGACUUGCUUGACGCCAUUCGUGCCUUGUCCGACUCUUUGCACGGGCUUGGCAACGAGCGCAACACUUUGCAAGGAGCGACCCAGCUCCAGCAGUCGCAGUACCUAGAGGCACAGGCCGAGGUAACCCAGACGAGGACAGAGGCCCAAACCGUAGUGGACCAAGCCCGUGCCCAGGCACAGGCCGAGGUAACCCAGGUUGUGGCCGAGGCAACGCAAGCAGUUCUUCACACCCGUGCCGCAGCACAGGAAGAGGUCUUAGCUUCACAGCGCGCAGCGUUGGAGCGUGUAACCCUUCUUGAGCAAGAUCUUGCCAGAGCGCAGCGCGAAAGGGAGGAGAACGAGCGGAAGGUAGAGCAGCUUUUGGCUGAACGGCGCCUAGCAGAACACUACUGGGUGAACCGCGAAGUUGAACUCAACCAACAGCUCAGCGAUGCCGCACUUGCUGUAACGACUCGUGCAACGCAUUGGCCCAACAUGUCCUUUUCACCUGACACCACAAGCCAUAAUGGCCCGGCUCCUUCGACUCCACUGCCAGUUGCCCGCCAGAGGGGCACGCCACAAGGCACCGCCUCCACCCACAACGGUGGCGACAACACAAGUAGUGGUCCACAUUGUCCUCCUCCAGCGUACUCUGUCAAGGGUGCUGCCGAGGGCGCGCCAGUGGAACCGCAAACACCAGCGGACUACGAGGUUCUUGUCGCGAUUGCACGCGUUCAACGCACACCGGGAGACGAAGUCUACCUGUGGGCACAGGAAUGCCUGACACAGUCAGAAACGCAGUUGCGAGCUGACCCGCGGUUCCCAAGACUCACCCGAGAGAUCUCGGCAAAGUUGCUCAAGACCUGCCGUAGUGGUCGGUUUGGACUUUUGUUUCAACAAAUGACGGAGUCCGAGCGUAUGUCCACUGGAGGCAUGCCGAAUGGCAGGGUCAUGCUUCGUGCCAUUUUUAGGCACUUUCAGCUCGAGCGUGACCGGAUAGGAAUGCUGGGAGAAAGGAAUCUCUUAAGCAUUAAGAUGCAGGGCAACGACGUUGCUGCUCUUGAAGGCUUUAGGGAUAGAUACCUGUACGUCCUUACCACCAUUCCUAUCGAUGAGCUCCCAAGGCCACAGACCAUGUUCAAUCAUCUUCUCGAUGAACUUGAAAAGAACACAGUCAUGAGGCCAAGGUGUGAAAAGGCACGAGAGGCAACUGGUGGCAGCCACCGUCGCACGACAGAGUGGUUGUGGAGUAAAGUGGAGUUAGCGCUGCAGCUUCACCAGCAAAAGGUUAACCGAGAGGAGUUUGACAGGAACCUCCGCGCCAAACCUUCUGUGCUUACCUCCACUGCUUCAGCUGGAAGAGACCAGCCCACUGUGCCUGCAAACCCUGCGCCCAACACCACGCCGAAAGGGGCAGCAGACAAGCCGCCGAAGAAAGAAAAGAAAAACAAGACGGCAAAGAAAGACAAGGCCAGAGACAAAGACGACGAGGUCCCCGGAGUGCCUGCCACCAAGGGCAAAGGCAAGGGCAAAGAUGACAAGUCUCUCGGGACACCGCGCCAGGGCAACAAGGGCGGUGGCAAAGGCGACACUACGCCACGAUCUGCAGAGGUCAAGAGGGUUAAGGACAUGACUCCGGCAGAAAAGAAGAAGACGCCUUGCAUGUUCUAUGCCCACGGCAUGUGUAAGGCCGACCCCUGCCCCUUCUUGCAUGACGACAAAAAGAAGUACACCGGUCCGCCUCCAAGGGGCGCGGCAAAGCCCAAGGCAAAGGCGAAGGCGAACGCAGCCAUCGCAGCGGUUAUCCCGGCAAUGCCUGCCUGCAACUCGGCCAGCACUGACAGCAAUGUCACGUGGCUCUGGGAUACUGCAGCGGGGCGUCACCUCAUCGGCCGUCAGGCCCUGAGCGCUGAUAUGCGCGCCUGCGUCCGCGCGACCAGCACGCCCGUAGGUUUUGCUACUGGUGGCGGCGCCCAGCACUGUUCCCAGUCCUUGUCGUUUGGGGGCAGCAAGCUUGUGCCAAAGGAGGAACAGGUCUACGUUCUAAAAGAGUGCCCCCCGGCACUUAGCGUAGGUAAGGCCGUCCAAGACCAAGGGUGUCUCUUUGUGUGGGAUCCCAAGGAGUCUGGCCCAUACUUCGUUCCUGCCUCCGAAGUGCACCGCUGCAAGCUUAAGGUUCCAAGAGGUGCUAGGCUUAAUGCCUCUAGAGUCGUUGAGUACGUGCCACAGUUCGAUGAAAGGUUGUCCCCUUUGGUCCACCAGCCCGUCGAGCAGCUAAGCCCCGUCGAGGCUGUUGCUUCUCCAAGUGCUGUUGAGUCGGAUGCCGUUUCCCUUGCUGACGAAAGCAUCGGGGAUGGUGCCGCAGGACAUGCAGGGUACGCACCCGCCGAAGUUGCCACCAGCGACGACGAGGAGCACGAUGCUGGGUAUCUCGAGGAAGCCGAAGACUUUGUCUCUCGCGUUGGGAGGCCAGACGCAAAGUCAGAUGACCUUAUCGACGCGCCCACCGCGCCGUGGCAGCAAAUUGCCACUGAUGAUGUCAUCAUGGCCCGGGGCGACGACCAUAGGGGCAUAGGGACAGGUGAGCUAGAGGGGGCUGCCUCCGAGGUUGGUUUCAUCCCAGAGACUUCGCUUCCAAACAGGAGCAUUCACCUUCAGUCGGGCUUGCCUUACGACUUUCACACCUACUCCUUUCCAUACGCCUGCCUUUCGCUCUCGUUUGACCGCAGAAGCCACGUUGACAAGGACAAGUCGCAGUGGGAAGUUCUCACCAAGUCCCCCUUUGAAGGCAUUCGUGUGUGUUUUGGCCAGCUUGUGUACUACCGCAAGAAGGGUCCAUCGACAAGGGCUCUUGAUCCGAACCUUCAGCCUGGGUUAUUUCUAGGUUGGCGCCUAGACGCAGGCUUGCGGUAUAGGUUCGUGACGAAGGUGCUCGACUACACGGAGUUUCGCGCAAAACGCAACACUCUUGUUGUCGACGUCCCUCAGGACGAGCUCUUUGUUGAGGAAGGACCUCCGGUUUUCCCUGUAGCCAACGCAAAUCGCCGCGCCCUGAUGGAAGGGGCUGCAAAGGGCGAGCUCCCAGACAUCCCGCUUAAGGAGCGUAAAGAAAAGGAGGAUAGACGCUCUCUGCCUCCAACGCCUGGCCGGUCACUGCCGCCAACUCCCGCCGGAGCUGUGCCUCCAACGCCGGUACCAGAAAGCGUGGCUCCGCCGGCUCCGCCCGCUCCUGCUGCUGAGCCGACAGCGCCUGGCAGGGAGGUUGCUGAAGUGUCCUCUGUCGCCGGCGUCGCCGUUCCUUCUGUAACAGCCACGAGCACCAAGCUUGCCGAAGCAACUGGACAUGAGCUUCCAGUGUUUGGUGUUCCCGCCGGUGUUUCUCCCGAGCCCGCUCCUCAAAAGCCUGUCUUCAAGAAAGAAACAAACCGAAGGGCACGCAGGGCGAAGAUUAAAGGCAAAGGACUCACCACAGUGCUUGAAUACGAUUGCCCUCACGGCUCGGUCUUCGGCAAAAUCAACACCGAGCUUGGUGUCCCACACCUGCGCCUCUCCAGAAAGUCUUUUGACCUCGAGAACAACUGUGUUCAAACACAGCUCAAAGACCAACUCACCGUGCUCAACAGCGCCCACCUAUGGGGUGCUUUGCCAAAUAUAGUUGGUUUCAGGCGUAGAGACGGCGACGCUGCAAAGAGAAGGUGGUUGUCUCAGCUUGUCAGGUUUCGCAGUUCCUUCCAAGCCUUUACCCUGCAAGCGCAGCACGCUCUUGAGAAAGGUCACGACCUCACGCUCGCGUGGCCUUCCCAGUCAGAGUGUUGGCGUCGCCCAGAGGUUAAGGAGUUCCUUAGCAAGCGCCUCCACUUACUGUGCGAGGUUGAGGUUAAAGGUUGUAAUUUCGGGUGGUGGGGCAAUGAUGAUAAGCCGCUUCAUGCCUCAUUCCGGUUUUACACCACCUCAGCCCGGUUGGUAGAAGCGCUUGUUAAGUUUGAGCAAGAGAACAAAGUGGAAGAAUUCUCGAAGAACAAGGGUGUUGCGCAGCAAGUUCCCACGGACCUGCCUGCGCUUUGCCGUCACAUCGUGCUCGCCAUCAAUCCGAGAGCGCAGGCGCCCGUUGCACCUGCCAUGCCCGUCAUCCCGACGCAGGGGCAGGAAGAGCAUCGAGAGAGAGAGCAGACGUUGCGUCACGUCUCGCCUUUGGCAAACUUCGAAGAAUUUGCCGCAGUGGUCGAGUCGGACCCGACUUCACAGCGCAUCGUGGAGGAGAUUGUGGACCUGAAUGGUUUAGUGUCACAAGUUUGUGGCCUAAAUCAGGAUGGGAAGCAGUCAAGUCCAGAGGUUGCUGCUAUGGUCACAAAGCUCCUCUCAAGGGCUGAAAUGCUCGCCAGCCCAGAAGCCCUCGCUGCUCUCAGAAGCGAAGCCGAUGGCCUUAGGUCUGUCCCGGUUUGGGACGAGACGAACCCCAGAGAGUAUGCAGAUGUGCAAAAAGAGGCCAAGCAUACUGGGGCAAAGGUUCAUUUUGGCAGGUUAAUGACUAUAGUCUCGAUUAAGUUCUAUGAGCUGGCAAAGCACUUGCAGAAGCUCAAAGGACGUAUCGUCUAUAGGGGUGACUGCGCCAAAGAUGAGUAUGGGGCGGCAGCUGUAUACCAGGAGCUGGGUGCCAAUCCCACUUCUGUCCAGGGGCUCAACAACUGCCUUGCGUACGGCGCCCUUCAGGGGCAUGCCACCACGACUGCAGAUGCUAUCAAAGCAUAUGUGCAAGCAUUGCUAAAAUCAAAGCAUCAGACGUGGAUCGAACUUCCACCUGAACUCCGACCAAAGUGGUGGAGAGAGAAGUUCGCCCGGCUUCUCUUGUCGACCUAUGUUGACGACCUGACGUUGUCAGGCCCAGUAGAAGAGCACCAGGCCUUCUGGGACGAGUUAACAGCUCUGGUCGAUGUUGAGCCACCGGAGCCCGUCUUCCGUGUUUUGGGGCGCAACCACUACAUCGUUGAUGUAGAUGGUGAAGGCGAAAGUUCAGACUUACCGUCCGUUGCCGCCGCUAAGGACGCAAUGUCGUUUGACAUGGUCGAUUACGCGCAACAGACCGUAAACCUAUACUUGUCUUUGACAGGCUCCAAGAAGCUGAAGAACGUCCAAACGCCCUUCUGCCCUGAGGGGUCGCUGCCACCAUCAGAUGAUGAAGUCACUGGUGAGCUUGCGCCCGCUGCCUGUAAGUUGCUAAUGAAAGCAUUGUGGUUGGGGCGGCUGUCGCGCCCAGACAUAAUAAAGCCUAUUGGUGACUUGGCAACCUGCGUGCAGAAAUGGUCCCGCAACAACGACCGCCAGGCACAUCGACUCAUUUGCUACAUAGAUAGCACAAAGUAUCAUCGCUUGGUGGGGCAUGUUGGAGACAGCCCAGAUGAUCUAAAGUUGUCUUUGUAUGUAGAUGCAGACUUUGCCGGCGAAAAAGCCCACGCACGCAGCACCUCAGGGGGGUACUUAGUGCUUUCAGGCCCUAAUACGUUCUUCCCCUUGGCUUGGGUUAGUAAACGCCAGACUGCAACGUCCAGAUCCACCACGGAAUCUGAGAUAGUCUCGCUGGCCUACUCACUUUAUGGCGAAGGGCUUCCAGCCCUUAGCUUGUGGGAUACGCUUCUUGGCAGAACCAUGCAGAUGACUGUCCAUGAAGACAACCAAGCAACAAUCAUCAUAGCUCGCAAGGGGUCCUCCCCAAAGCUUCGCCACAUCUCAAGGACGCAUAAAGUCAACUUGUCUUGCCUCGCAGAGCAACUUGAAGAAGGCUCGGGUGUCGAUAUCCAGUAUGUUGACACCAACCUUCAAGCAGCAGACAUUUUCACGAAGCAGCUUUCCUCUGCCAAGUGGGACAAUGCGAUCCGCUUGUUGGGGUUGCGCACCAAGAUGCCCAAAGAGCUUGUUGAUAAGCGCAUGUUGUCUUCAAAACCAGGAGCAGCGCCCAAGUCUUCUAAGACAUAG